CAUGCUAUAGACCUCUGGUGGCAGAGUGGGGAAGGUUGCCACAGCAAAUAGUUCUAUUUGACGAAUGAUGUCGCUUUGACGGCUUUGCCUUUAUCCAUGCACGUGUGUUUGCGUAUUGCACGGAUCGUUCGAUUUUUGGCGCACAACUAGACGAAUCAUGCCGUCCGACGCAAAAAAGAAACAGCAACAGAAAAAGAAGGAAGCAGCUAAAGCUCGUCAAUCAGGCAAGAAGCCACCUCAGAAUAACCAGAACAAGACUGUGGAGGAUGGUAAGGAGUCCAGUCCUGGAGUGGGAAUCAUUCAAAAUGGAACCAAUGGGUUGCCUGUUAGUGCAGAAGAGGCACUGUGUAUGAAACUGGAAGCAGAUGCAAGAUUGAAUGCUGAAGCACGUUCGUGUACAGGAUCAUUGGCUUCACACCCCCGAAGUCGUGAUAUAAAGAUAUCUAAUUUUUCUAUUACUUUCCAUGGCUGUGAACUGCUGCAGGAUACUAUGUUGGAAUUAAACUGUGGUAGACGUUAUGGCUUGCUUGGACUUAAUGGCUCUGGGAAAUCUACUUUAUUAGCUGUACUUGGAAAUCGAGAAGUUCCUAUUCCUGAUCAGAUUGACAUUUUUCAUCUGACCAGGGAAAUGCCUGCUAGCGAUAAAACAGCUUUAGAUUGUGUGAUGGAGGUAGAUGAGGAGCGUAUACGAUUAGAGAAACUGGCAGAAGAGCUAGUAGAAUGCGAAGAAGAAGAUGCUCAAGAACAACUCAUGGAUGUCUAUGAAAGGUUAGAGGAUAUGUCCGCUGAUACGGCAGAAGCUCGUGCUGCCCAUAUUUUACAUGGUUUGGGUUUCACUGCAAAAAUGCAGAAAACACCUACCAAAGAUUUCUCUGGAGGCUGGCGAAUGCGAAUUGCUCUUGCAAGAGCUUUAUACGUGAAACCUCAUCUAUUAUUACUGGAUGAGCCUACCAAUCAUUUAGAUUUGGAUGCUUGUGUAUGGUUGGAAGAAGAAUUGAAAACAUACAAAAGAAUUUUGGUCAUUAUUUCUCACUCACAAGAUUUCCUCAAUGGCAUCUGUACAAAUAUCAUUCAUGUCAAUAAAAAGCAACUAAAAUAUUAUGGUGGUAAUUACGAAGCGUUUGUGAAGACAAGAAUGGAAUUACUGGAGAAUCAAGUGAAGCAGUAUAACUGGGAACAGGAUCAAAUCGCACACAUGAAGAAUUAUAUAGCUCGAUUUGGACACGGAUCUGCAAAACUAGCAAGGCAAGCACAAUCCAAGGAAAAAACACUGGCAAAGAUGGUAGCACAAGGUCUCACAGAAAAAGUAGUCAAUGACAAAGUACUGAACUUCUACUUUCCCUCUUGCGGAACUAUUCCACCCCCUGUUAUUAUGGUUCAAAACGUUAGUUUUCGUUACAACGAAGAUUCACCUUGGAUUUAUAAAAAUCUAGAAUUUGGUAUAGAUUUAGACACCAGAAUUGCAUUAGUCGGGCCAAACGGAGCUGGAAAAAGUACUCUUUUAAAAUUAUUAUAUGGAGAUUUAGUUCCAACUAGUGGUAUGAUACGUAAGAACAGUCAUCUUCGAAUCGGGAGAUACCACCAACAUUUACAUGAAUUAUUAGAUCUAGAUAUGUCGCCUUUGGAUUACAUGAUGAAAGCCUUCCCAGAUGUUAAAGAACGAGAAGAAAUGAGGAAAAUCAUUGGUCGUUAUGGAUUAACCGGUCGUCAACAGGUGUGCCCAAUACGACAAUUGUCCGAUGGUCAACGUUGUAGAGUGGUCUUUGCAUGGUUAGCUUGGCAAGUGCCUCAUCUAUUACUGCUUGACGAACCGACCAAUCAUUUAGACAUGGAAACAAUUGAUGCAUUAGCUGAUGCAAUUAAUGAUUUUGAUGGUGGAAUGGUGCUUGUGUCUCACGAUUUCAGAUUAAUUAAUCAGGUGGCAGAGGAAAUUUGGGUCUGUGAAAAUGGUACAGUUACGAAAUGGAGUGGAAAUAUAUUAGAUUACAAAGAACAUCUGAAGACCAAAGUGCUUAGUGACAACCAGAAGAGACAAAAAGAGAUGCACAGAAGCAAAUAAUUUGAAUAAUGUGUAAUAUGCUUUGCCAAUUUUUUUUCAAGUAUAUUUUCUCUCUCUCCGUUAUAGUAAUCUGUCCUCGUUGUUUCGUAUCUAUUGCUGAUUUUGCGCUGCUGUGUAGCGUUUAUCAGUGAUCGAAGAUUUUUUAGUUAAUUUAUUUAAAUAAUGAGCAGCGAAUUACUCUGUAAUAGCUGACGAUAUCGAUUCAUGGUGGAUGUUUGCCAUGUUAUUAAUUUAGAGAUCCGACAUUAUUACUGUACUACGAAAAAUUAUAGAUUGCACAUAUAUAUAUACAUAUGUAUAUAUGUUUACACACACGUAUAUGUAUAUGUAUGUAUAUACAUAAAUAGAUUACGUAAGAGAACUACUGAAAUAAAACACGUUUAAGUAUUAUUAACACACAACAAAUACUCGAAUUCUUUUCUUGCAAUUUAGCUUUAUUAUAAAGUCGUAUUUAGCUAUAAAUUAAUUUGAUUCUUGGUAUAUAAAAAAAUAUAUGGAUGUGUACAAACAGUUAUAAAUACUUAAUAUAAUCGAUAAAACAACACGAUUUCUCUCGAAUAGAACUUUUCAUCUGACAUUAUACAUAAAUACUUUGAUCUAGUAUUAACAUCAUGGAAGACUAAAGUCUCGCGGAUAUCCAUAUCACAAGAAGUAGUAUAUCUCUGGUUCUUUCGUCGUGAAAAAUGUUUAAAUCUAUAUAUAUUAUAUAUCUUACAAUAUUUUUUAAUACGCAAUGGAAGUAAUGUAUGCAUUUUUGUAAUAACUAUGAUUACAUGAAAUGUAAUACACUGAAUAUUGUCGAUAGAAAACUCGAAGUUGCACUAUUGGGUUUUGGACCUUGACAUAAUAAAAAAAGGAAAAGAAAUACAUAAUAUGAAACACUUUGUAA